AUGGCAGACCAUGAUAUGAACGAUAGCGAUCGCAUUUUAGCGAGCAUCAACAAUGGUAAUGGAGCAACAGGCGUAUUGGCGACAGUAGUCAACCUUCCAGGGAAUGGAGGAGGAAGAUCUGUCAAGACACAACAUUCAGGCAUGACGUCAGAUGAUAUUCUAAGUACGCUCACCCAAACAACACAAAACCAGGCUCUUUCACGUCCCCCACCGCCAUCAUCUCAACAACAACAACAACCACAACAGCCACAACCACAGCCAUUGCAUCACCACCAUGUCCAUCACCCCAUAUCUGUACAUGACCAAGGGUCAUCUCAACAUUUGACAGCCACAGCUGCCAACGGGGUUAGCAAUGGGAAUGCUGUCGCUGCAUCUUCUCGAGGUAUAGAGACUAAUUCUCUGAAUGGAAAUACGAGCGUUCAGGUCCCUACAGGGACUUUUGGACUUAGCCUGGGUCAUUUAUCAGGUAUUUCAGGACCCGCUAGUCAAUUACUACAGCAUCAACCCCAAACUCAACAGCAAACACAGCAACAGCAACAGCAUCAAUUCUUGAUCCUUCAACAACAGCAGCAUGAGGAACAUCAGCGGCAAUUGAAAGAAUUGCACGAUCAAGAGCAAGGACAUAUACAACAUCAUCAGCAGCAACAGCAAACUGUGAUCCAGUCGAACAUAGAGGAUGCUCCGCUUCAAGAUAUUAUUGUUCCAAAUAGAGAGCAGGAGUUUGAUUCAUUGGAAGCUGCGCAGCAGGCUGCAGAACGUUAUGCGCGGAGCGCCAAUACCGUUGUUAUUGUGAAACGCACAACCAAAGACAAGAAUGGUGUCGUCGUACAGGCAAGUUCUAGUUACUGCUCAAUUAACGGAACAAGAUUCCCUUUUUUCUUAUAA